AUGAUGUUAGAAAAGAGUACGGUGACAAUUUUAGCUGACAUAUUCUUCAGUAGAAAAGACACAUGCGAAGAAAUCAUCCAUUGUUGCUGUUCCAGAGCCUUUGUGCAUGAUCGACAGCUUUAUCGCUCGGAUAAUAGACUUUUCUCAACUGGCAAGGCAGAUGCUGAAAUCCGUGAUGCAGAAAAUGAAGUGGAAGAGGAAGAGGAGGUCGAUGAUGAAGUUGAAUUUUUAGAUGAAGAGGCUCAGCUGAUGGCAAGCAUGGGUCUGCCUCUUGCUUUUGGCAGCUCUUCCAGCCAGAGUAAAGAGGAGAACAGAUUUUCCAAACGACCUAUUACAUAUCAGACAGAAUAUCUCGAGGAAGAGGAACAUUUACAGUUUACCAAUAAAGUUUGUGCAGACAUCAGUGAUCCUCAGGAGGAAGGCUUGAAGAGAGAGACAUUGGAUGAUGGGGUAGAGAGCCUGCCUGCCAAUGACACUGGUUGGGAGACAUACUGGGCUCAGCAAGGUGAAGCACUUCUGUGGAAAAGCUGGUUGGAGAAACAUAGUGAUGAGUUCCAAGAUUCCCAAUGUGUGACCACCCCAUGGGACGACCCCAACACAAAGGCUGACUGGGAUCAACACGCUUCAGACACGUACUAUUACUUUUGGGAGCAAUACUCAUACUGGGCAGCACAGGGCUGGACCAUUGACUCAUCUUAUGAGAAGAACACCGAGGUAGAAACUGUCGCUGAAGGGAUGGAUUUUGGAAACGAGAAACACUCAGUCGAAUGGCUGGAUCAGAAGACUGAUGGUGUUGAAGUUUUAAAUGGUCUCCUCGAAGAAAGGUGCACUGUAGAGGCAUGUGGGAAAACUUCAGUUGAUAUUACUGAAGUCACCGAAAAACAGACAGAGGUUGUCUGUGCUUCUUAUCCCUCUGAUGGGGGACACCAUGGCAAGAAAUCAGAUGUUUCCUCACAACAGCAAAGAACACAGCACACAGAUGAUUCCCACAAGGCUGCUGGCAGCCAUAGCAUACAUUCGGGCUCCACAAAUCAGUUAUCAAAUGGAGAAGAUGAUGGUGAUGAUGAAAAUCCCUCUAGAGGAAGACCCAGUAAAAUAAAACGCAGUCAUGAAUUUGAUGUGGAGGAGAAUCCACGUCUAACAUGUGAUGAAGCCUGGAACAAACUUGGACUCAAACACAAUCCAGAAUCAUUGUUCGACAGUGUUUUUAAUUUUAAAGACAGUUCAAGUCAGAAGCGGCAGAUGCGGUGGUGCUCCAAGAGAACUGGCAGUAGUGUCAACAAGCAUAUCAGAUUCAGCGACACAGAUGAAGAUCAAACACAACCACAGCGCAGCACCACCAUCCGAAAGGUCCAAAACUUCCUUGAAAAGAUUCAGAAUGAGGCACAUCUGACUCUAGGUGAGCAAGAAGAGUAUGAAGGAAGCAUGGAAUUAGAGCAGAAGCCUUCUACUUCAGCUUCACCAGAAAGUACUGAGAAGAAGAUUGCUCAUUGCAUUAGUAAAUCAAUGAAAGAAGUUUCUGAUUUGUCGGACACUGAGGAAAAAGAAACCUCUCAGAGAUGGCUGAGGGAAGAACACAAUAGGCGGCUUGAAUGUCUGGAAAUCCCAGAAUUUCUCUUGCCUGACAUAAAUGAAGGUAGUACUGAGGCAAAGAAGCCUAAGAAGAAGAAUAAACGAUGGAGGAAAAAGCCAAUACCGGAAGAUAUGGCAGCAGAACCAGGCCUGGCCAAAUACUGGGCUCAGCGAUAUAGACUCUUCUCUCGCUUUGACGAAGGAAUCAAACUGGACAAAGAGGGCUGGUUCUCUGUUACACCAGAGAAGAUUGCUGAGCACAUCGCCCUCAGAGUGGAGUCCAGCUUUUCCAACACUCAGCUGAUCAUUGAUGCCUUCUGUGGGGUUGGAGGAAACGCCAUCCAAUUUGCACUCACGGGGAAGAGAGUCCUAGCUAUCGAUAUCGACCCAGUACGUUUGGACUUGGCACGCCACAAUGCUUCUGUCUAUGGCGUUGCCCAUCAAAUCGACUUCCUGCAAGGGGACUUCCUUCAACUAGCGCCUCAUCUCUGUGGUGACGUCGUCUUUUUGUCCCCCCCUUGGGGAGGACCUGAUUACCUGACUGCUGAGGUGUUUGACAUCAAGACCAUGAUGGACCCAGAUGGAUUUCAGAUUUUCCAUCUGGCCAAAAAGAUCUCAGACAACAUUGUGUACUUCCUGCCUCGCAACGCAGAUAUGGACCAGAUUGCCUCUCUGGCUGGUCCAGGAGGAAAGGUAGAGGUGGAACAGAAUUUCCUCAACAACAAGCUGAAGACCUUAACUGCUUACUUUGGCAGUUUGAUCAAGUCAGACACAUAA